UCAAGACACUAAUGCCACACACACACACACACACACACACACACACUGGCGAUGCCCUGAUACACACCUGUUCUGCUAGAGACAAACAUGAUGAACGCAGAAAUGAAAACCAUCCUGCUGUAGGGCUGCUCACUGAAUGUCCGUGGUGCGAUGACGGAGGUGGAGCCGGCGUUGGAUUUUGCGUCGUCGGGUCGAUCAGGUCGACGAAAUGCUCUGCCUGACAUCCUGGGCUCUCCUGCCGGUGUCAGUCCCUCGGACCUGCCCCUCAAACUAGCCGAGCUCUCGCUCACAGACUGUCCCGGAGCAGCUCAGUCUCCAAUAUCACAGGAGGCUCCGCCCCCUCCAGAGAGCUCAGAGGGGAAGCAGGGAUCCUGAAAACUCCUCCCUCAGUGAACGCCUGUCCAACAUCACCAAUGAAGAGAGAACGAAAAGGAAAUAUAAAGCUGGCGAUAGCUCAGGGCCAACACUGGAUUGCUGCAUACGUUGUGUGUGUGUCUCAGAUUGUCACAUGGUGUUGUCCGUCUAUGGUCAGUCCAACUCUCACUGAGUAACAUUAAGUGAGCAGAAACAUCAGAACGUGGCUUUGAAGACACCAGUGUUUUAAUUUUUUAUUAAAACUAAAAUAGAAAAUAAAAAAAGAAUUUUGGUCCCAAUUUAUAUUAGA